ACAGCUCUUCCGGAGGCGGAUAAUCCCCAUCUCUACCCUCCACACGGCCCUAAUGCAACCAGGAAGGAUUGCUACAGCUCACCUCAAGGGAAACACGUUUUGGAAGCAAAUGCAAAAUACGAACUAGAAGAACACCUUUAGGAGAAGAGGAGAAGAGAGAUGGAUGUUUGCGUUUCCCAUUAUAGUGCGUCCAGCCGAGUCCCUAUAAUAUGACAGCUGCUGUCGCAUUUCAUCUAUUUCGGAGAAGCUACUGAAACAUCAUCCUGCUUUGUUUUUUUUUAUUAUUAUUAUUCCAGCAUCAUGGUGACAUACAAUCUGGUAUUUACUUUCAUUAUUGCGGCUCUCUGGCUGGUCGGUGGAGAACCACAAACUCCUUCUUCACCUGCGACGCAGUUGAAUUCAACAUCUUCAUCCAUCAUCAGCCAAAAUGAAGAUCUGACACAUAAUGUCACAGAUGCCGCCCUGGGAUCCCGGAUUUCUUCUCUAAUGACUCAUCUUCCAACUCUGAAAAACAUUGUUAUUUUCAUCUUCGUGUUAACAGCUGCUCUCAUCACAUGCCUGGUCAUCAAAGUGGUCAGAUCUGGGAGACGAAUCAGAAAAACAAGGAAAUAUGACAUUAUAACGACACCUGCUGAGCGUGUGGAGAUGGCCCCUCUUAAUGAGGAGAACGACGAUGAGGAUGACUCGACCCUCUUUGACGUCAAAUACAGGUGAAUCCCUGCAUGGACGUCAAUACUUUAUAACUCCUGUUUUGCACGGGAC